UGUUUUGUCAUUUAUAUAAUGAGAACAAUAUGCAAGUGGCAAUCCUGGAUUCCAUUCUAAUACCUUCUUAUUUUUCUUUCCUGACAGAGAUGGAGCCUGGAAACUACACAGUUGUAACAGAAUUCAUUCUUUUAGGGUUAACAGAUGAUAUUACAGUCAGUGUCAUUUUAUUUGUUAUGUUUCUAAUCGUCUAUUCUGUUACUUUAAUGGGUAACUUGAACAUAAUUGUGCUAAUCAGAACCAGCCCUCAGCUUCACACCCCCAUGUACCUUUUCCUUAGCCAUUUGGCCUUUCUAGACAUUGGGUACUCCAGCUCAGUUACACCCAUCAUGCUGAGGGGCUUUCUCAGAAAGGGAACAUUUAUCCCUGUGGCUGGCUGUGUGGCUCAACUCUGUAUUGUGGUGGCAUUUGGGACAUCUGAAUCUUUCUUGCUAGCUUCCAUGGCCUAUGACCGCUAUGUGGCCAUCUGCUCACCUUUGCUCUACUCAACACAGAUGUCCUCCACAGUCUGCAUCCUCCUAGUUGGAACUUCCUACCUAGGUGGAUGGGUGAAUGCUUGGAUAUUUACUGGUUGCUCCUUAAAUCUGUCAUUUUGUGGGCCAAAUAAAAUUAAUCACUUUUUCUGUGACUAUUCACCACUAUUGAAGCUUUCUUGUUCUCAUGACUUUUCUUUUGAAGUCAUUCCAGCAAUCUCUUCGGGAUCCAUCAUUGUGGUCACUGUGUUUAUCAUUGCUCUGUCUUAUGUCUACAUCCUUGUGUCAAUCCUGAAGAUGCGCUCUACUGAAGGUCGCCAGAAGGCCUUCUCCACCUGCACUUCCCACCUCACUGCAGUCACUCUGUUCUUUGGGACCAUCACAUUCAUUUAUGUGAUGCCCCAGUCCAGCUACUCCACAGACCAGAACAAAGUGGUGUCUGUGUUUUACACAGUGGUGAUCCCCAUGUUGAAUCCCCUCAUCUACAGUUUCAGAAACAAAGAGGUUAAAGAAGCCAUGAAAAAACUGAUUGCUAAAACACAUUGGUGGUCCUGA